UGUGCAAAAUCUGCAGACAUACACAUGAGCAGGAUGAGUGCGUAUGGCGUAGGUAAAGGAAAUGGAAACCACAAGUAUGAGAAUGUGCAGUAGAUAAGGGAAGAGUGCAAAGUGUACAGUAUGUGUUCAACAGUGUGACCUUGAUGGUGCCUCAAAGGAUAAGCCUGAAUGAAAAUCUAGAUUGAGUUUGAGGCCACCUGUGACAUACCUUGCUUGUGUUAAAGAUGGAUUGGCAAACUUUUAGGAAUACUGCUAUGUUUGUGGCCCUAAUUCUGGUUUUCGUCCUCCAUGAGAGUAUUGAUGCACAAGAAACACUUUACUUGGAAAGGUUGUAAAGUAGCAACAAAUAACAAUUCUACUGGAAAAUGUCAUGCCCCCCAAUGUCCUGUCUUCAAAGUUCAGAGGAAGACUGUUCAUAAAACUUGCAUAAACAAGCCUUUGCGGGUCUCCUGCAAUCUGCAGUAUUGUGAUGAUCCGGCAAUCAAUGUUACCUGGACUAAAGAAGUCAAAUUGAAUGAAUGGAUUUCAGUAACUGGAACAGCUCAAAUGCAAUCUUCACAGGAACAUUUACCUUCUGAUCUAAAGAUAUUGACUUAUUUAACUUUCACAAAUAUAUCAAAGCAUCAUGAUGGCCUCUACAGAUGUGAACUUAAAUUACCAGAAUACACAACAGUUAGCCAUUAUAUUAAUGUCUCUGUCUCAGAUGACAACAUUGAAGAUGGAUUGUCAUGUAGGCCCACUGAAAGAAGAGACAACACUGAUACCAUCUCUGAUCCAUAUCCAUGGUGGCUGCCUUAUUUAAUUAUCUGUUUGGGUAUUGUGAUUCUGGUCCUCAUUGUAAUUCUUGUCUCAAUCACCUGUAUAUGUGGAUUUAAAUGUUCAAGAAAAAAGGACACAAAAAGGGCACAGGUUCAGAAUACAGUAACAUCCACGUUGACACCUGGUGAAUUAGUUCAGCACUCAGAAGAAACUUAUCACCACUAUAAUGACCGCAGCACAUCUAAUGUUAUAUUUUCCCCUGACCACUCUUCACUGCAUGUGCCAGCUGGUGUUGAUACUUUGUCCAACAGGAGAGAUAAUACAUCAAGCCAGAUUGUAUAUGCGUCUCUGAAUCACUUCACACCUACACAAAGAUUUAAUGCUCCCUGUCAGUCAGGAGAGUUUUCAGAGUAUGCAUCAAUCCGGUUCUCCUGAUAUUCUCAUUGUUGAAUAGACCAACAUAUGUUGUGUUUUGGAUGCUGGUACCCAGUAUGUGAUUAUGUUGUGCUGGGAUCUCCAUCAGGAUUCUUAACUUCUUGGUCAACCAGCUUCACCAUUAAGAUGCUAUCAGUAAAACCAUGCUGGUUGACUGGCUUUUUUUGCUGUUGAACAGUAUGGCACCAACACUAAACCAGCACUUACUAGCAAAAACCAGUCUGGACAUUAAUGGAAAUUCAUGCAAAACUAAGUUGUUUUUUUUUUUCGUUCUUUUUUUUUUAAGCAACGCUAUCAUGAUGUCACGCAAAAUGUAUGUCUCCAAUGUUUUCAAGAUUUAAUUAUGAUUUCUGAGACCUCAUGCUAUUCUGACUAACAGGAAGCAGAAGAUGUAUGCACCCUACCUGUUUUUUUACAACAUAUCGUGCAAACAAACAACCACAUUGUUACUUUCCUCGUUACAUCACGGAAAACUUUUUCUACAUGUUCAGUAUAAGUGAAACUCCUACUGAAUACCACUAAUCAUGUAAUUGGCUGAUCCUACACAUGCAAAGGUUAGUUUAAGAACUAAAGUGAAAUAGUUACAGUUAAUAGUUAGAAACAAUAGUAAAAAAAAAUAGAUAAGCAGCAGUCUCUUGUUUGUAUAAUAAUUUUCAUAACUUCCAGUUGACCUGUCAGAUUUGUGAUUUCUAGAACAGAUUCUUAUAUGUAUUGCAUUGUUUGACUAAUGUGGAUAGUUGUUAAUGUUAGUCUUUUAAAAUGUUUCUUACCAAGAGGUAAAAUACCUAUUGUACCUACCAAACAA